UCUCAGGACGGUCACCGAGAAGCCCAGGCGGGCUCCGGAACCGUACGAAUAAAUGACGCCCCUCGGCCUAAAGAACGCGGGCCUCGGUUCCCGGGCGGAACUUGUGAGGACCCCCGCGUGCCGAGGGGCUCCCCGCUCGCGCGCCCCGCGGGGUUGUCAUGGAUAUCUCCCAGGCGACGAGCUCCGCACCAAGAUGGCGGAGGAAAAGGACCGGGAAGGAGCAGAGGCAAUAGUGGCAGAAUUUCAUAAGAAGAUCAAAGAUGCCUUUGAAGUGUUUGACCAUGAAACGAAUAAUACAGUAGACGUGAGAGAGAUUGGGACAAUUAUCAGGUCACUGGGAUGCUGCCCUACUGAAGGAGAGCUACAUGAUUUCAUUGCAGAGGUAGAGGAAGAGGAACCAACUGGAUACAUUCGAUUUGAAAAAUUUCUUCCAGUGAUGACCAGAGUACUUCUGGAAAGAAAAUAUAGACCAAUUGCUGAAGAUGUCCUUCUUAGAGCUUUUGAGGUUUUGGAUCCAGCUAAACGAGGAUUUCUGACUAAGGAAGAGCUGGUCAAGUACAUGACCGAGGAAGGUGAGCCUUUUUCUCAAGAGGAAAUGGAAGAAAUGUUAUCUGCUGCAAUUGAUCCUGAGUCAAACUCCAUCAAUUACAGAGACUACAUAACAAUGAUGGUGAUAGAUGAAAAUUAAAUGCUCCAAAGACUUAAUUUCUUUUAUCUUCUUUUAAGACAACUGUAAACUAAUUGAAAAGAUAGUUUGAAAAAUUGCUUGUUCUAAUUAAUUUCACAUUUUGGCUUGUAAUUUUUAUAUUUAGUGCCUUGUGCCAUAAUUGUUUCAAGGUAUUCUAGAGAUGACCAAUCUAAAAUAUAAAUUUGUUUAAUAUGACCAGA